UUAUUUUUCAAACAAUUUUGUAAUUUUGUAUACUAAGUUAAUACAAUGGAUAGAGGGGAAUACAAAAAAGAACCCUCUCCACACAGAAGAGAACGUUCUUCACAUAAAAAUGAACACUCUUCUUCAAAGAGAAGGAGCCGCUCGCGUUCGCAUGAAAGGGAGCGCUCGUCACACCGCAAGGAAACUUCCUCACACAAAAGGAAACACUCUUCCCGUCAAAAAGACCGUUCCCGGUCUCGGGAUCGUUCUACGCAUAAAAGGAAACGCUCGUCACAUGGAACUGAACGAUCGCCACAACGAAAAGAAGGCGCGACAUCCAGACAUGGAAGAAAAAUGUACUCCCCACAGAGAAGGGAAGAGUCCUCCCUCACCUCCACACAAAGAAGGGAACGGUCUCCAAACAGAAGGGAACGCUCUCCAAAUAGAGGCGAACGCUCUCCAACUAGAAGGGAACGCUCUCCAAAAAGAAGGGAACGCUCUCCAAACAGAAGGGAACGCUCUCCUCGCAGAAAGGAACGCUCUCCACACAGAGGAAAAUACUUCCCACACAAGGAGCGUCUAGAAACCGGCGUCCUCACCUACAAAAAGUUGCUGCAGAUGCCCAUAAAUCUGCGCAAGAAAGCAAUCCGAGAAGCACGCAAUCGAAACGAAAAGAUACUGAGCAAUUGCAAGAGAAAGAAGAGAAAAAGCAAAGCAUGGAUCACCGCUCGACGCCAAUGCAACGCCGCCGAACGCGCCGAGCACAAUGACCUUGUGGACAGCACAGAGCAGGAACUGCGUCAGAUCUUGGACGAAUUCGGGGAACUGUCGGACAUACCCUACGACUGUACGGCCACGGAGCUGUUGGGCGAGAUUGCCAUCGCGGAGGGAAACGCUACAACGAUUUACGUGGAGCGGGACGGCCUCAGCACCCUAACAAUCGUGCUCCAUGAACCCGUACCGACCAUCGCGCAGCUCAAAAAGGCAAUUGCUGUGAUCUCCCGCGCCGAGCACAACCGAAGGCAGCGCGAGCGGCACGAAGAGAGUCUCAGGCGUCGUGGAUUGGCCGAAGACGGCGGACGCGAAGAUCGGCAGCAGCAGCGGCAGAGGCAGCAACAAGUUGCGGUUGGAGCCAUGCCGAGCUCCACCGGCGAGUUAGUUUAUUCCACUGUGCGCAACGGGCACGAUCAUCGCGCGUUCGUUUCUUGGCGCUUUCUAUGGCGCUGCUUUGGCCUCUUCAACGUGGAAACGAAUCAGCCGAUCGACGACCGCUCCAACGGACGGGCCACCCUCAAAGAGCUGGGCAUUGAGAACGCUGCCACCCUAAAGUUUGUCCAUCGUGUCAAGUACUUUGGUUGCCAGAGGCAGAGAUAGCGAGCAUCCACAGACAGCCAAUGACA